CACCACCACAUCAGCCAAAGCGAGAAGCUUUACGAUGAAGUUGGUCAUUACCUUCGCAGUCAUGUGGGAGAUCCUGCUAUGAAGGACUUCCUGCCGCGGUUAAAAGACCAUAUUCUGGACCGUAUUGGCCCGGGAGCUUCUGGACCUUCUAUGGAGAAAGCCACCCAUACCACCGAAGAAUGUGCUUCCAUUCUCUUUAAAUGUAACAGAAUCUAUCACCACAACCUGGUGAGGCUCAAUUAUACAACUUACGAUGUUCAAAGGGCUCAAGACGUCAUCAAUCCGAGAACCCCUCAUUGCAACAUCAUGCUGCUCCAACAUGAUGAUGGGCACGAUGGUCACUACCAUUACACCAAGGUCCUCGGUAUACACCACGUCAACAUUGUUCACACCGGGAAUGUGUACGAAUCUCGUCGAACAGAGUUCCUUUUCAUGCGGUGGUAUGAGUCUGUACAAGACCAUGCAUGGGAAACGCAUAAUUUGUGCCGUGUUCAUUUCCUGCCUCUAGCGAAUCUGGGCGCUGUGCUGAGGGCAUGUCAUAUUAUUCCAGCUUUCUCUCGAGGCCAGCACAACUCGAAUGAUGGGAUUUCUCCCAUAGCGGGAGAUAAACACGAUUGGAAAGAGUACUACAUUAAUAGUUUUGUUGAUCGUGACGCCCUCAUGAGGUUUCAUUUUGGCCUCGGGGUAGGGCAUGUUUACUCA